UUUUUUUUUUGGACCCAAUUCUUUCUUUUACAGUAUUUUAAAAUUAAUUAAGGACAUUUCUGUUACUUAGCACAGAAGAAUUUCUCCAUGUUAAGCAACAUCGAAACCUCAUAAAAACAUUUUUGGAAUCUUCCCAUGUUCAAACAAAUCAAGAUUCAAGAACUCUUUUAUCUGUUUUCUCUGGAUAAGAAUUCCCACCUCAUUUCGUAUCGAAUUCAUCAUUAUUUGAUUGGCUUUCAUUUGGACAAAAACACUUCGGUUUUUGAUCUGCUGAUUCAAUGUCGUACGCUUACCUCUUCAAGUACAUUAUCAUCGGUGAUACCGGUGUUGGAAAAUCAUGUCUGCUUCUGCAGUUCACGGACAAGCGCUUUCAGCCAGUGCACGACUUGACCAUUGGUGUCGAAUUUGGAGCCAGGAUGAUCACAAUUGAGAACAAGCCCAUCAAGCUACAAAUUUGGGACACGGCUGGUCAAGAAUCGUUUAGGUCUAUUACGAGGUCUUACUACAGAGGUGCUGCUGGAGCCCUGCUAGUUUACGACAUCACAAGGAGGGAAACUUUUAACCACCUCGCCAGCUGGUUGGAGGAUGCAAGGCAGCACGCGAGCAUGAACAUGACGAUAAUGUUGAUAGGAAAUAAGUGUGAUCUUGCUCACAGAAGGGCCGUGAGCACUGAGGAAGGUGAGCAGUUUGCAAAGGAGAAUGGCUUGGUAUUCAUGGAGGCAUCUGCUAAAACAGCUCAGAAUGUCGAGGAGGCCUUUGUGCAGACUGCAUCAACGAUCUAUAAGAAGAUUCAGGAUGGAGCUUUUGACGCGUCUAAUGAGUCGAAUGGGAUCAAAAUUGGAUAUGGAGGGAACCAAGGAACUUCGGCUGGAAGAGAUGGUGCUGCUUCUCAAGGAGGAGUUUGCUGCAGCUGAAAAGUUUGUGAGAAAAAAAGGGGCGGAGAAGUCGCGAGAGCUGGCGAAGCCACGAGAGUACACAACCGGUGAACAAUUGACAAUGGUGAAGUAGAAAAUGACCACUUCAGAGGACCUAUCGAUGCUGCGAAGGAGCCACACUUGCUAGUGAGUUUUUUUUUUCCCCGAUGGCACAUAAGUCCAUUUCACGAAUCACAUAGAUUAUGAACACCCAUUUCCUUUAGAAAUAAAAUUGAAAUUGUCUUACUUGGUAUGAGUUUGCUGUGACUGUAAAGUGAAAAAAGAAUGAGAAUAUUGUUGUUGUUUUGAGUUGAGGAAAGAGGUUGUGGGUUAGUGCCGUUGUUGAGAGGCGAAGAAUGGCGGUGGCAGUAGCUUUGCCGCACUCGCUACCGAUACAAGAAAAUGAGAGAAGAGGGUAGGAUUUUCAUAGAAGUUCGACGUGUUCGGCUUCGGCCGAGAGGGCUCGAGCUCAGGCUGAGAAUUUUUCCAUUCUCAGCCUUUUUUUUGCUCGUCUUUUUCUUUUCAUUUCAUAUUCUCCCACUAAAUCCGAAUAUUAAUGCUGCCAACUACUAGUUUAUUUGAAGAAUAAUUUGCAAUACA